AUGAAUUAUUUGCAUAGAAUCUUCAUAGGUGAAAAACAUUUUACAACGACCACUUUUACUUAUGUGAUCGUAGGGGGUGGACCAGCUGGUUUAUCGGCUAGUUAUGGAUUACACCUACACCAUGAAAAUAACUAUUUAUUGAUUGAUAGUGGCGAUAGUCUAUCAGAUCGUAUACAAUCCAACGAUAAAACUCAUCUUGGAGGUAUUGGUGGAGCUGGACUCUUCUCCGACGGUCAUUUUGUAUUCUAUCCAGCCGGUAAUAGAUUAUGGUUGCUUGAUCAAGAAUCCUUGAGAAUGAGCUAUCAUCAAUUAACAAAAAUGUUGCAAGGCAUUCUUGUCAUACCAUCUUUUCCACACGAUCUUAGUAUUAAAUAUGCCGGGCAAGUCACAACAGUCAACACUAUUUUGGGCUGUCACGCCGAUAUGGCAUUGAAUAUUGUGACGUCACUAGUAGCUUGGUCUGGGAACACUGAAGGCAGUGACGAACAAAUUGCUAUUAAUGCUGAAAAGAGAGAACAAAAGAAGCAAUCGGCUUUUCAUUUAACACUCGAACAGCGUACGGCUCUCAUUACUUCAAUUUUACAGGCUAUUAAACCGAAUCAGCUAUCACUGAACACUAAAUUGUGUCGGAUCGAAUCGACAGCAGAUAAUACUUAUAUUUUACACUGUACAAAGAAUGGUGAUCAUAUUGAAUUUCGCUGUAAAAAAGUCAUUCUUAGUGGUGGUCGAUUUUUUCCAAUAGUUUCCCAAUCGUUUCCUGUGGUAAAACAUAUUUUCAAGCAAGUAGAAGUUGGCGUACGCAUCUGUGGUCCGGCAACCAAUAGUUUAUUUUCGAAUGUAACACAAGCCAUCUCGAAGGUUAUGACAACAGCUGAUACCAAUCUGGAAUAUCGAACAUUUUUCUGGUGUCGUAAUGGAGAAUGUACAUGGGCUGAACAAGACGGAAUAGCUGCCUAUUAUGCUUCGUCUGAAUGCAUGCCGACAUCGGAAAGUAAUUUCGGCUUCACUGUUUGUUUCAAAAAUAGCGAUGCUCAAAAAUUUCUAGAACAAAUUAAGAAUACACGUCCAUUCGAGCUAUCACUUGCUGAAUUGGACAAACUGCAUGACAUAUAUGGUGAUGUCGGUACUCAUAUUGCUACAGGCAUUGAAUGGUUUCUCGGCAAUUUUAUUAAAGAUUCAAAUUUAGAUCGGCAAAUGUUUACACUCAAAGGACCAACGGUAGAAGCUGUUGGAGGCUAUCCACUAUUGGACCAACAUUUGAAAGUACCCGGAGAAAAAAUUUGGUAUGCGGGAGACGCCACAGGUCUAUUUCGUGGAAUUAUACCUUCAAUGUUAAGUGGUCUAUUUGUUGUGAAUCGAGCUGAAAAUUUCGUCUAA